AUGAGGACGCCGCCAGCAACCGCCGGACGAUCAAGAGACAGGGCAAGCAACGGCAUGCUGCGCCGUCAAGUCGCGAAAUGGCCGGCAGUCGAGGGCAAGGGUCCCAGGAAACGAACGUCCGUCGUCCCACGCUCCACAGCCACGGGGUUCUCAUAG